UGAAGAGCUUAUUUUGUUCCUGGAGAUGCGUCGUCACGAGAAAGGUCACCGACCUAUGCUUCUAAUGGGAUCUGAUCAUAAAAGUAGCCGGACGACGACGAUGUCGUCUCGACAGUACUCUCUCCGAACAACCGCCGCCGAUAUCUUCCUUUAUUCCGAGAACGAGAAGUCCGAUUAUGAAUGGCUGGUUACGCCGCCAGGCUCACCGACUAGAAGCGUAACGAACCAACUCGACUCACCCUACGGAGACCGGAUGACUCUUAUAUCUCGGUUAGAGAACUACAGCAAAGAAGAGAGGGACAACGUACCACCCAAGACCCAAAAGACGUCGUUGCACAAUUCCUCCUCUGUUUCUGGAAUCAGAAGACCAUCGUCCUCUAGUAGCUCAAGGUCAACGAGUAGACCUUCCUCACCAUCCAGAAGGUCUACUCCAGCCAAAAGGCCAUCAACGCCAACCUCAAGUGCCACCUCAACAUCUGCACGUGGCUCAUUAACCUCGUCUUCUGCUACUAGUAGCUCAAGCUCAACGACCAGAAGACCUUCUUCAAGCUCUGGAACCUCACGUGUUACCUUAACCGCUGCACGUGCCACCAGGCCCGCCACCUCAACCGGCCAACAAACUACUUGUUCAGCCACCUCUACUCGAUCCAAUAACCGGCCGAUGUCGGCGCCUAAUUCAAAACCGAGAUCGAGGUCAAGCACUCCAACUCGCCGUCCAUCUACUCCGUCAGGUUCAUCGACUGUAUUGAGAACUAAACCGGUGAGUAAACCGGCCUUGUCACAAGGAGCUUCUGCGAUCGUGAGAUCAAGGCCAUGGGAACCUUACGAGAUGCCUGGAUUCUCUCUAGAGGCGCCGUCGAAUCUUAGAACUAAGUUACCGGAUAGGCCACAAACCGCUUCAAGUGUCAGAAGCAGAGCAUUUGGUGCGUCUAAUAGUUCAAGAUCAGCGUCCAUAGAACGCGAGGUUUCAAGGAGACAGUCUUGUUCGCCUUCUAGAAGCCGGGCUCCGAACAGUGCUCCGAGUGGAAACGUAAAUGGUGCUGUUCCUUUGUCACGUGGACGACGAGCAAAGACUACGCACGAUGAUGGUGGGUUGACAAGUCAUGUAGCUAAGGGGAAUCAAAAGAUGGAGAGAGUUGUAAAUGUGAGAAAGCUUGCUCCACCGCGAGUGACAGAAACCAGAGGCAGAGGACUCGGUGGUGAUGGUGGCUCCUCCGCUGGGAAGUCGAGCUCGGGAUCUGAUGGUUUUGGGUUUGGGAGAAACCUAUCUAAAAGCUCCAUCGACUUGGCCUUGAGACACAUGGAUGUUAGACAAGGAAGCAUGGCGGGGAAUUUCCGACCGUCAGUGACGAAAACACCGGCGACGUCAUCGUACAGUGUGAGAUCAUGUAGAAACCGGCCGGUGAGCAGCAGCGGGAGCUCGGAAUCGAGUGUCAACAUUUUGUGCUUAGACGGUAGCGACGACAAUCUCAGCGACAUCAGUUAUUCUUAAAGUAACCCAUGAAUCUCUGUCUUGGUGCAGAAAGAUACUAAUGAUCAUCAGGUCUUAUUAGAGGCUCAAGUAUUAGAAUGCCCAUGAAUUUUGGUUUGUAUAUUACUAUAUUGAUUUUUGAACAUAAAAAUACUGUAUCUUGAUAAUAAUGAUACAAAUUGUAUGUAGUGUUGUCGUAAUUGUUACUCACAAGUCACAACUCACAAACUUAAUCUGUGUGUUUUUUUGUUUUGUUUACUUUG